AUGAGCGCUGUCACCAAGUUUGGGUUCGAGUUCCAGACUGCCACUAUCAAUGGCGUCGAGUACAACUACAUCCACGCCGAGCCUGCGGGCAAGGUGGUAGGGACAAUCUUCCUCAUCCACGGGUGGCCCGAUAUGUCCCUGGGAUGGCGCAACCAGAUUCCUUACCUCCUGUCCAAGGGCCUCCGGGUCAUUGCUCCUGACAUGAUGGGUUACGGAGGCACUGAUGCUCCCGCCGACGUCAACUACUACACAUUCAAGCGCGCCUCAGAUGACAUUGCUGCUCUCGCCAGCCACCUCGGCCUCUCGCGCAUCAUCCUGGGCGGCCACGACUGGGGCGGAGCGGUCGUCUACCGCGCAGCCCUCUGGCACCCGGAGCUGAUCUCGGCCUUCUUCGUCAUCAGCACCCCCUUUGCACCGCCCCGUCUCGCCUACGUCGACCAGGCCACCGCACUACCCACGCUACACUACCAGCUGCAGUUCCGCACCGACGCCGUCCAGGACUACAUUGGCCUCGGCGACGUCCAAAACGCCACCCGCGUCCGCCAGAUCCUCAACACAAUCUACGGCGUCAAGCUGCCCAGCGGUGCAUCAGCCUUCAACUCCAGCGGCGCCGGGUUCGACUUUGACCUUCUCGACGGCGUAACGACGGACACGCCGCUGUUGAGCGAGGAGGAGCUCGACUACUACGUGGAGAACUACGCCGGUGGUGAUCCCUUUAACAGGACGCUCAACUGGUACCGUACCGGCGAGCUCAACUGGCAGGACGAGCUUGCGCUCAUCCCUAGCAACGCUACGGCGUACACGGCCAAGUACUCGCAGCCUGCGCUGUACAUCGGCGGUUCGCUCGACUCGGCGCUGCCUCCCAUCUUGUCGACCGGUAUGGAGACGUACUUCGACAGCUUGUCAAGAGGCGAGGUGAAUGGUACGCAUUGGGUCAUGUGGGAGAAGCCCGAGGAUGUGAACGGUUAUGUUGGCAACUGGCUGAGCAGCUCACGCUCUGGCUUUGCUGUGAUCGGUGACAUGUCGGCGGAGGAGGGUCUUGCCUGGGAGUCGCAUGGCAAGGACAACGAUGCGUAUGACUAUGAAAAUCAGUAUAUAAUAGAAGCAUAUUACCAUUGUACAAACGAGUUUCCAGAACAUGCCGCUCUCUCACUUCAUCCCACCUCAGACAAGUCCGAGGCCAUCCUCCAGAUCGUUUGCGCUUCAAUUGAGAGGAUUCUCUGCUUUCCCGUUGUUCCGAAAGAUAUUACGACAAUGGCUACCUCUAAGGGCCUUCCUCGCGAUACAUUCGCCAAGCUCUCCCCUCACCCCUUCCUCCUCGCAAACCUCCAGCCUCCCGCGCCCGCCAACGCUGCCAGAAGCAACGGCCGCGCACCCAACGAAGCCCGAAUUCCCAAUGUCAACACUUCCAGCUUGACCCAUGCCAAUGGAAGCGCCGUUGUGCGGACGGGUGAUACAACUGUCAUCUGCGGUGUUCGCGCCGAAACACUUCUCGCCUCCGACAUCCCCAACUUCCGCACCGCUGCGAAUCUCGACGAUGAAAACGGCAAGCCCAGCUCGGAGCUGAAGGACUACGACUUGCUCGUGCCCAACAUCGAGCUCGCCACCGGCUGCGCACCGCAGUUCCUCCCCGGCGUACCUCCCACAACACUGGCACAGACCCUGAGCACGAGAGUUUAUUCACUGCUGCAUUCCUCCAACCUCGUUGACCCGGAGGACCUGAGAAUAUGGUACACCCGCCCUGCCGAGAAGGCCGAGAUGGAGGGCGAUGAUGGAGACGACAAGAUGGAUGAGGACGAGGACGAAGAGAAAUCUGAGGGUGAAAGGGUUGUCAUGGCAUACUGGGUUUUGUACAUCGACAUCUUCUUCAUCUCGUUCGAUGGCAACCCCUUCGACAUUGCCUGGGCUGCUAUCCUGGCCGCCCUUCGCGACACAACGAUACCCAUCGCACGAUGGGACGCAGACCGCGAGAUGGUCGUCUGCUCCCGAGAGAGCCCCAAGCCCCUGACGUUGCACGGCUUCCCUAUCGCCUGCACAGCUGGCGUCUUCACAGGCAAAGAGACGACGGAUCGGCCUGCUGCCGGCAAGUUCUGGACUCUGGUCGACCCGGACAGGUUGGAGGAGAGUCUAUGUGAUGAAGAGGUAACUGCAGUGGUGGACCGAAGCGAGGGAGAGACGAAGGUAUUGGCGAUAUCAAAGCAUGGAGGAACCGUACUGCAGCCGCAGCUCAUACGGGAGUUUGUAGGUGUUGCAGAGCGGAGAUGGGAGCAGUUUUACAAGGCCAUGGCAUGA